AUGAGAUUCGUUAUCUUAUUUUGUAUGCUCGGAUUCGUGAUCUGCGAUUUACCUGUCCAUUGCUUGAAGCACUAGGUUGCAGGAAAGUGGAGACUAUAUUUGGAAAAACCAACUUAAAAGGGUGUUGGACUGUUGCCAUGUGGUCAUGAAAUUCCUGACAGAGCCAAGACCUCAUAUAUGGCUUAUUCUAGCAACUUUUAACCAUCAUAAGAUUUUGAAGUUACUUUGGGAGAUGAUUACAAAGUUAAAUCCAGUUCAAAAUCAGGUGAAUGGACUAUGGUUUAUGAUGAAGGUUUUGAAAUCAAACUAGGUAAUAUGAAGUAUUUUGCAUUCUCAAAAUAUGAGCCAAAGGGCAGAGAGGGAGUGUCAUAUUGUGAUUAAACUCUUGUGGGAUGGUACACCAAUCAAGACACUUAGGAGAGAGGAUGUUAUAGGGCUGAAAAAACCGAAAAGGUUGAGUCAUCUGAAUCUAUCAAAACAGUCAGCAUUGUCUAACCUGAAUUUAUGGAUGAUGACGAUAUGAAAUCUUUGUCAUUCUUACAAGUUUAAGAAAAAACACCAGAAGUGAAUCACGAGGAAGUCGUCGAGAAGUUGAAUCAGAAGGAAGGAACAUGGAAAGCUAAGGUCUACGAUCAUAUGAAGGGCAAGAGCUUUGCUGAAGUCGCCAAGUCUUUGGGAAAGAAGCUCGGAUUCAAAAAGGACAAGUCAUACAAAUAGUAGGAUCAAACAGCAAAUAAAGUGUUCGUUCAAACUGCUGACUAUUCAGAUUUACCAAAGUCUUUCAAUUGGAAAGAGUAUAUAUUUGUUACAUAAUGAAAAUAGAAAGCUUGCACCCCCUAGACAAUAAGGAUAAUGCGGAUCUUGUUAUGCAAUAGCCACUAUGUCUAUGUUGUCAGCUAGAUUGAAAAUAAAAGGCGAAAACGUCGAUCUCUCACCUUAAUGGUCUUUGAAUUGCAACUAUUACAAUCAAGGAUGCGAUGGUGGCUAUCCUUAUUUAGUGAAUAAAUUCGCUGAAGAACAAGUACUCGUCUCUGAAGGAGCAGAACCAUAUCAAGGAUUUGACGGAUCUUGCAAUUUCCAAAAGGCCAAGUCUUAAUCAAAAGUGUAUUCCACCAAGUUUAUUAUACAUUCUAAUUUCUUAUAGAAACUACAAAUAUUUGGGAGGUUCAUAUGGCAGAGUCUCAGAACAAGUCAUCAUGUCAGAAAUAAUGAAGAAUGGUCCUGUUGUUUUGAGUUUCGAACCAUCCUACGAUUUCAUGUAUUAUGAAUCUGGUAUCUAUCAUUCCAAGGCUUAAACCAACGAUUAUGCAGAAUGGGUAUGCAAAUCAUAUUUAUCGAUAGGAAAAAGUCGAUCAUUCAGUCUUAUGUUAUGGUUGGGGAGAAGAAGAUGGCGUUAAGUUCUGGAUGUUGUAAAACAGUUGGGGAAAUCAAUGGGGAGAAGGAGGAAACUUUAGAAUGAAGAGAGGAGUUGAUGAAUCAGCUAUCGAAAGUAUGGCUGAAGCCUCAGAUCCAUAUGUCAUAAAUUAGAAUUCAAGUACAAGCUUUUCUGAAACUAAAUCAAAUGAAUCUGAUUUCGAUUACGAGGACGAUGACAGCAUCUUUUCCUUCAACUAGAUUAGAUAAAACCUUAAAUGAAAUUAUAUCAGCA